AUGUUAGAUCUUUCAGGAUUGAUGAUUCCUGCACAUAAAGUAGACGAUGGGAUAGGUACAAUUUGGUUGAAUAACGUAAAUUGCUCAGGUUCAGAAAGUGAACUACUGAAUUGUACCUUCAAUACAGAUGCAUCAAACUGUCGUCACUACGGAGAUGUUGGAAUUCAUUGUUUUCUGAACUGUUCGACAAAAGAUGAAGGUGGCUUGCGUAUUACUGAGGGUUUAGCUGAGAAUCAAGGACGAUUAGAAGUGUAUUACAAAGGUGAAUGGGGAACAGUAUGUGAUAAUCAGUUUGCGAAUGUUGACGCAAAAGUAGCCUGUAAACAGCUUGGAUAUUGUUCAGGAUUGAUGAUUCCUGCACACAAAGUAGAAGAUGGGUUAGGUACCAUUUGGUUAAAUAACGUAAACUGCUCGGGUUCAGAAAGUGAACUACUGAAUUGUACCUUCAAUACAGAUGCAUCAAACUGUCGUCACUAUGGAGAUGUUGGCAUUCAUUGUUUUCUGAACUGUUCACAAGAUGGUGAAGGUGGCUUGCGUAUUUCUGAAGGUUUCGCUGGGAACCAAGGACGACUAGACAUUUAUCACAAAGGUGAAUGGGGAACAUUAUGUGAUGAUAAAUUUGAAAAUGUUGAUGCAGAAGUAGCAUGUAGACAGCUUGGAUAUUGUUCAGGAUUGAAGCUUCCUUCGGAUAAAGUGAAUGAUGGCAUAGGUACCAUAUGGUUAAAUAACGUAAAUUGUUCUGGUUCAGAAAGUAAUUUACUGUAUUGUACGUAUAAUUACGAUACAUCACGCUGUCGACACUAUCAUGAUGUUGGUAUCCAUUGUUUCCUCAACUGUUCAACAGAAAAUGAAGGCGACUUGCGUAUUACUGAGGGUUUCGCUGGGAAACAAGGACGACUGGAAAUUUAUUACAAAGGUGAAUGGGGAACAUUAUGUGAUAAUCAAUUUGAGAAUGGUGAUGCAGAAGUUGCAUGUAGACAGCUUGGAUAUUGUUCUGGAUUACAGCUUCCCUCAAAUAAAGUGAACGAUGGUAUGGGUACCAUUUGGUUUAAUAACGUAAAUUGCGUCGGUUCAGAAAGUAAUUUGCUAAAUUGUACCUACAAUCAAGAUAUAUCACCCUGUCGACAUUAUCAUGAUGUUGGUAUCCAUUGUUUUCUCAACUGUUCAAUCGAAGCUGAAGGUGAUUUGCGUAUUAUCAAGGGUUACGCUGAGAAUCAAGGACGACUAGAAAUUAAGUAUAAAGGAGAAUGGGGAACUGUAUGUGAUAAUCAAUUUGAGAAUGAUGAUGCAAAAGUAGCAUGUAGACAGCUCGGAUAUUGUUCAGGAUUGAUGCUACCUGCAGAUAAAGUAGACGAUGGCGUAGGUACCAUUUGGUUUAAUCAUCUAAAUUGUUCUGGUGCAGAGGGCAAUUUACUAAAUUGUACCUACAAUCACGAUAUAUCACCAUGUCGUCACUACCAUGAUGUUGGCGUCCAUUGUUUUCUUAACUGUUCGACAGAAAAUGAAGGUAAUUUGCGUAUUACUGAUGGUGUCACUGAGAAUCAAGGACGACUAGAAACUUAUUAUAAAGGUGAAUGGGGAACAGUUUGUGAUAAUCAGUUUCAGAAUGUUGAUGCAGAAGUAGCCUGUAGACAGCUCGGAUAUUGUUCAGGACAGAUGAUUCCAGCAAUCCGUGUAAAUGAUGGACAAGGUACCAUUUGGUUAAAUGAUGUAAACUGCUCUGGUUCAGAAAGAAAAUUACUGAAUUGUACCUACACUACUGAUACAUCAAAUUGUCGUCACUCUGAAGAUGUUGGCAUCCAUUGUUUUCUCAUCUGUUCAACAGAAGAUGAAGGUAAUAUUCUGUAGAAAAUGAACGUUCGAAGCAUUCAUUAAAAACUUGCUUUGUGUUGGAAAAUAAAUUAAAAGAAAACAGAACUGUCUUAAAUUCUACUUAGAUGCGACACCUGUAAAAUGAAUAAUACAUUUUCAACCAAAUGAUGGGGUCAUUUUAGUAUAUGUUACCAUGGAUUGUGCACUAUUGUGCUAGACUAUUCAGGUUUUUUGUUGAAGCUUUGGGUGAAAACUUCAAUCAAACAACAUACAUUGAAUAAUAAAUGAUAAUAUGUUGACAAGGGUGGUCAUUUGCUGUUUUGAUAUACUCGACUAAAUGAGACUCUCACAGUAUCGUUUAGCAAUACUACAAAUGCAUAAUUCAUUUUAUAUAGUUAAUGAUAUAUUAAUAUUGCAUAUUACAUUGUCCGGUCUGUCAAGUCAGGUUUGAAAUAGUCACCACAUCGAAAAAAAUUGUGCUACGCCUGUAGUUCGUGUUCUUCUAGUUGUUUUUAAACAAAGUUAAUAUCAUUUUGUAGUUUAUUUUUAAGUUAAAUGAAAAUGAAAAAUGAACAAAAGUGUCAGUACAAUGUAUAUAUGGAUUAUAAUAUUUUGUAGUAUAGUAAUGAUAUGGUUAUUGCAUAUUAACUAGAAUAUUUAUAUUUACUAAUGUACAUCUUAUUUUCUAUAUAAUUGUAAAUAGAUAAAGUCUUGGAAAAACUCACUAAAAAGGAAAAACAUAUAACACAUAUAACUUACACAUAUGUACCAUGUUUAUCUUAAAAACCUUGAUUUCAGUUUAGAAUGUGUUUCUGAUUUUUGUUUAGUUUGAUGCCUUAGCGUUGAAUAUUUGUAUCAUGCUAUUUCUUAUUAUUCACAAAAAAGCAAGAGCAGUUUCAUAUGUAUAUUUAUGUAGAGUAGUGAUCGUAUUUAUUUGUGUAAUUAGUAUAGUAUAUUCUUUUUUACAAAGUGAUUAUAAG